UUCUUUUCCAUCCCAUCGUCCUAUCCAUCAACAUGUCUCGGUGUGACAGCCCUCACCUGCUGCUCGGCAGGAUCCGCUUCCUGAACAGGUGUAUUGAGAGUUUCAGGAAAAGUGAGCUUCUACCAAAGAGUCUGUGCUAUGUCCCGAGAGAGGUUUGCUACAAAAUCUGCAAAGAUUCCUCCUCCACGUCCUCGUCUUCGACCACAGCGUCUGCAGGAGGACCUAAAACACUGGUCUCGGUAUUUGACAGUCCACACCAGGUUCCGCACAGCAAGAGGACUUGUAAAUACAACGUUGAGCCAAAGAAAGGGACUUGUAUCAGGACAACAGGGGAAGAAUACUGCAACAGUCAGGGCCUGUGGGUGAAACUCAACAAGGAGCAGCUGGACGAGCAGCGUCCCGGUCAAGAGUUGGACGAAGGCUGGAUCCUGGUGUGUAAACACACAGAGGGCGGCGACAGACUGGUGCCGGUGGAGUCUCCAGAGACGGUCAGCAGGCAGCAGCAGCUCUUUGGCUACGACCACAAGCCAUGCAACAGGUGGGAGCAGGUGGUGGACGUGGAGAACGCACUUUACCUGGGGGCCAAAGCAAAAAUCGCAGAGAGUGAUGAUGCUGCUGUCCAGAAGUUAGGGUAUGUUCCACCCACUUGGACUUAUGAGUGUGAUGAGGACCUGGUACACUACUUUUAUGACCACAUAGGGAAGGAGGACGAGAACCUGGGGAGUGUCAAACAGUGUGUGACCAGCAUCGAUGUCUCCUCGUGUUCUGAGGAUCCGAGUGGAGGAGUGAGCUGUCUGACAGAUGGAGACACUGAAACCUACUGGGAGAGUGAUGGCAUGCAGGGACAACACUGGAUCCGCCUCCAAAUGAAGAGAGGCACCGUGGUGAAUAAACUGAUAUUGACUGUGGACUCCACUGACGACAACUACAUGCCCAAGAGGAUCACAGUGUAUGGAGGAGAAGGAGACAACCUGAAGAAGAUGAGUGAUGUCACCCUAGACGACAACCUGAUUGGUGAAGUCUGUGUACUGGAGGAUAUGACAUCACACCUGCCUGUCAUCGAAGUGCGAAUUGAAGAAUGUAGAGAUGAGGGAAUAGAUGUCCGGAUCAGAGGUUUGAAGAUCAAGUCAUCAUGUGAAAGGGACCUGGGGUUGAAUGCAGAUAUUUUCCAGUCUUCUAACCUGGUUCGGUACCCCCGUCUGCAGGGCACUCCACCUGAUGUGCUGUACCGGAGGGCAUUAGUCAUACAGAGGUUCAUCUGUCUUCUGGACAGUGUGCUUUCACAUGUAGUGCCAGCCUGGGACUACAGUCUGGGGACCUUUAACCACAUCAAGAGCAUAAAGCAGUUCUUGCUGUUGUCCAAGCGUCGCUCAGCUCUCAUCACUCAGUGCCUGAAGGACUCAGAGACCAGUAAACCAAACUUCAUGCCCCGACUCUACAUCAACAGACGUCUGGCCAUGGAGCACAGAGACAACCCAUCGCUGGACGCCAGCUGUAAAAAUGCUGUGUUCAAUCAGGUCUAUGAAGGCCUCAAGCCAUCAGACAAAUUGGAGAAGAUCCUGGAUUAUAGGUGGCCUGCCCGCUACGACCAGUGGUGGGAGUGUAAAUUCAUUGCAGAGGGAAUCAUUGACCAGGGAGGUGGAUUCAGAGACAGUCUUGCAGACAUGUCUGAGGAGCUGUGUCCCAGCUCAGCAGAGUGUCCAAUGCCACUGCCGUUCUUCUUCCGCACAGCCAACCAGGGCGCUCUAGAGGCCAGAGAUUACUACGUCCCAAACCCGUCCUGUAAGGAGUUCCAUAAGUACGAGUGGAUUGGUCAGAUAAUGGGAGCUGCUCUCAGAGGAAAGGACUUUUUGGUCUUAGCUCUGCCAGGGUUAGUGUGGAAGCAGCUGACUGGAGAAGCCAUCAGCUGGGGUAAAGACUUCCCUUCUGUAGACUCUGUUCUGGUAAACCUGUUAGAGGCCAUGGAGAACAUGGACAAGGAGACAUUUGAGUUCAGGUUUGGAGAAGAGCUAGUUUACACUACAUUGCUUACCAAUGGCCAGAUGGUGGAGCUCAUCCCUGGAGGCAGCAACGUGGCCGUACGUUACGAGGACCGCAGUGAGUUCAUCCGCUUGGUGCAGGAAGCGCGGCUCGAGGAGGGCAAGAAGCAGAUUGCAGCCAUGCAGGCCGGGCUGCUGAAGGUGGUUCCACAGGCGGUGCUGGACCUGCUCACCUGGCAGGAAGUGGAAAAGAAGGUGUGUGGAGAUCCAGAGAUCACAGUGGAAGCCUUAAAAAAACUCACACGAUAUGAAGACCUGGAACAGAGUGAUGUCAGGGUGCAGCAUUUGUGGGAAGCACUGACCAACUUUACCAAUGAGGAUCGCAGCAGGUUUCUGAGGUUCGUCACCGGUAGAAGUCGACUUCCAGCACCCAUCUACAUAUUGUCAGACAAACAGGGCUCUGAAACGACAGAUGCACUUCCACAGUCGUCCACAUGUUCUAGCACACUUUAUUUACCCAACUAUCCAAGUGCAGAGAUAUGUGAGGAGAAGUUGCGCUACGCUGCGUACAACUGUGUGGCCAUUGAUACAGACAUGAGCCCCUGGGAAGAGUGAUCUCUCUGCUGCUGCCACACUGAAAGAACUGCAAUUACUACAAAUCACAGAUGAAUGGAGGAUUCUUGCCAUGAUUGUCACUAUAUCUGCAAAUUAGUCUAACUGCAUAUAAUAAAAAAAACUAAAUGGUA